UCAGCUGUCAUGAUUGACUUACGACCUACCCGAGAUCAUCAACAGGACAGGUAUGUCCACAUAGUUUCGCCCAGGUGAAUGGUUGAAAGAGGCGCGAGCUUCACCUGUUGCGCGACUGAAAACGAGUCGCUCCGUUUAUUUUUUUUAACAACUAGUUUGGCGAGUGCUUUAGUUCGUCCACAGGUUUCCUGUAAGCCUCUCUGUACAGUUCACCGGCGACAUGGAUGCUGAUUCACUGUUUGGUCCAUCAGGUCUGAUUAUGGAGAAUGGGAUCAACAGCUCCUGGAAUCCUUUCCAUUCAAACCUACAGAGUCCAGUGAAUGGAGAUCAAGAUGAUAUUAACUCGAUCAGAGAAAACCACACGGCUCAGGGCUACGAUGUGGAAACGGUUGAAGAGGAAAACAGUGUGUUACCUAAUGUAACAGGACAAAGCAAUGGCAUUCAUCAGACGCCUCCGUGUUCAGACUUUACUGUGGAUCCUUUUCCUCCACCUGAUUUUUAUAAAGAUAACACACCUGAUGUGUUUCGAACCACAUCAGCAUCAGGCAUUUGGGGUGAAGAAACAGACAUCUUCCAGCCUUUUAAAGAAAAAGUGGACACUGAUGUGACGCAAAGCAGUUCAACCAAUCAGAACACAGAAUCCUCGUCUUCAUCCAAUCAGAGGGAUCCUCUGCUGGAUUUCAUCCUCUCCAGACGAAGCCUGGACGGAGCCAGACCCUCCUUCACAUCACCGUCCGAUCCUGGCGAUGUUUUCCAAGAAACAUCCACUAAAACAGACAGUCUCUUCGAGACACCGUACGUCUCUAACACUGACCCAGUAUUUGAUGAUAUUUUCAAGACACCCUCGUCCACGGCAGGAACCUCUGACAUCAAAGCAUUCGAUCCUCUGUUCAACCCUCAGAAUGAAGUUCAGUCCGAUCGGAAUAGCAAUUAUGAUCUGCUGCUCACCGGUCAAGAUACAAAGCAGGAUGAUCAUAUGUCUCAUGUUGGUUUGCAGAAUGGAGACGUUCAAGAGAUUCUUACCUCAAACACCUCCAAUGGAGACCUGAUGUUCAGGAGACGUCCGCCGAAACCUGCUCCUCGCAGUAAAGCCGCUAAGAGCGCCCAUCAGACUCAGAACACGACGGCUGAGCUCGAGAACGAUCUGCCGGUUUAUGAGGAUGUUCUUCUUAUCGGUCAGGAAAGGUGUGUGGAGGAUUGGCCCGAACACAGUCCAGAACUCGAUCCAGAAUGGAAACCGGCUGGGAAAUUCAGGCUUCGGAGAGACUCUAUACGGGUUGCAGAAGUGUCUGAUGGAGUUGAUGGGAUUGCGAAGAAGAAUGGAAAGCAGACUCUGGGAAAAAAACUGCGACACUCUCUGCUGAUCAGGAGGAGCUCAAAGGAUAAAAUUGGAGAUGAAGUGAAGAGCUCUGAGACUAACUCAAACACGCUGGAUCGAGGGUCAAAGCUCAUCGUUGACAGCACGGAUGAGUUUUUCGCUCUAGAUGAAGAGCAGAAUGAAGCCGGCGAGAUUAAAUCAAAGAAAUCAUCAAAACCCAAGAUUAUUUCACAGCGCAGAGGAUCGAAGGGGAAACACACUGAAGCUUCAGCUAAAGGAUUCACUCCAGACUAUCAGGAUGAUUUAAUGUCCUCAUCCAAAACCGCUGAUCUCACAUCUCUGGGAGAGAAGAAGGAUGAAGAUAUGGACUGCAAACCGAAGAAAUUCAAGCCUCCUGUGCCACAUCGACCAUCAAAGGAUGUUUCUGCAGUUGCUCUGAAAUCAUUGCCUGGUCCUCCUCCAUCGAUGCAGUCAAAGUCCUUUUCCAAAGAUCCCUUUUUGGAAGGAGACGUGGAUCUCGGCUAUUCACUCCAUGACAGACAUCAGAAGACGGCAGAGAUCGAGACGCAACCGGUUGAAGACACAGAGGGGAUCAGUGGGAAUGCUGAUGGACAGAAACACAAAAAGAAAGUCAAAGUCAAAUUUGUUCCUCAAAGAGGGUUUGUGAUCGGCUUAUCAAAGGUUGACAAGGCAAAUAAUGAAACAAAGGAAGAAAUACCACAUUUUAAGGAGAAUGACGAUGCUGAACUGAAGGGAGCUUGUGGUUUCACACCUCAUCCAGAACUUAAGGAUCACGACGGGCUGGAUGAGCUGAAGGGAAUGAGCAGUUACACGCCUCAGGAGCUCAAGGAAGACAUGUUACAGAGAACCGAAGCCGGACGCAGUUAUUCACCAAACAAUUUCAAGAGUUCAUAUUCCAAUGGGUUUAUGGGUCCAUCUUCAUGGGAUUCAAAGGCAGAUGAUUGGGAGAAAGACGGCUAUAAAGCAGCAGAUCUCUUCACAUCUUCAGACUUCAGUGAGAAACAUCAGGAAAUGCAAGACUGUCGACCUAAGAAAGCAGGGAAGUUUAAAGUCCUUCGUUUACACCGCAGACAGUCAAAGAGCAUUGAAGAAUCUGAGAUCAGGACAACUAAAGAUUAUGACGAGAUGAAGAAGCCUCCUAUUCUUAAAGUGCCGCCGCUGUCCCGCCGAGACUCAAAGAGCGUUGAGGAAGACGAGGUCCCUCAGAAGGGUGCAGAUCUGUUCAAGGCCCGAGACGCUGAGCUGGCGGAGGACGUCGGCUGGGAGGAAUACACACCGGACAAUAAACCACAGAAACCUAAAGAAACUGACUCGGAUCGCAGAAGGUCAAAGGAUACUUUUCCCGAAGACUUUCUGGACUCUCUGGGUGCCACGUCUGGAGAUUAUCACCUGUCUGAUGCUGCUAAGGCUGAGUGGAUGUCGGCUCAGAUGGACAUGAGGCGACUGAGAGAUCAAGAGGAAGAGCAGAAGCGUGAGGAAGAGGAGGAUGAAGGGGACACUGACAGUCUGAUGGAGUGGUGGAAUACAGUCGAGUUUUGGGAUGAACUUCCUUCCAAUGAGACGAUCAGCUCUAAAGAGGAAGAGACCAUAUCGUUUAAAGCAGUCGCUGAUAAGGUCCAUCGUGGCCUCCGAGUGUACCUGAAGCUCUUCAUGGAGCGAGCCGAGCUGCUCUACCAGCACGUGCUGAUCUUAUACGGCAUCGCAGACGACAUCAGCAACUUCCACCAUCGCACUAAAAUCGCCAACAUCACGGGCGGCACGACCACAGCCGUCGGCGGAGCCGCGGCCAUCGCAGGACUGGCGCUGAUUCCUGUUACGUUUGGCGCUUCCAUCAUCGUCUCGGCCAUCGGACUGGGCGUGGCCACGGCGGGCGGCAUCACGGCGGCUUCAGCCAGCAUUUCAGACAAUAUCCACAACAUGCAUGACCGUAAGAAGAUCGAGAUAAUCAUUCAGGACUACGAGGCUCAGCUGGUGGAAAUGCAGCGCUGUUUGCGAUUCAUCAUUGAAGGUCUUUGUCGAUUGCGCGUUCAUCCGCUACUGCGACGCAACAACUACUACACCGGUGACUGGGAAGUGCGACGGGCGCUCCAAACCAUCAAUCUAGUUACUGACCCGGUCGAGCGAGCUAUAGAAAUCACUAACAACACUCUGGCCAAGUUAGCCGGUCUGCAUACAGGAAUAGACAAGUACUUCACUAAAGACAUGAAGGAGGUAAAGAAGGGCUGUAAGAAGGAGGUGACGGCGGAGGUGCGAAGCCUGGCCAAACAACUGCACGAAGGUUUAGUGGAGCUCAACUCCAUCAGAGAGCAGCUGCUCGAUGCCAGCGGAAACAUCUGAAGUCAAUCUCAGAGUCGCUGUGUGUGAUUUUGGUCCCAGCUGUCCGCGCUCCCAUUGGCUGAUUUGCUUUGCUGCUCAUUUGCAUAAAAGAAACUCUGCUCAACCUGCUGGAAAUCACCAACUCCCACUGAAAAUGAAUGAAGUGCGGCUGCUUUGUUGCAGCAAAUCGCUGUCAGUGUGAAUGCGUCUUACAAGGGAUUGAAAUGAGUUUUUCUCUUGAGAAAGAAUGACUUUUGAUGAAAUAAGAAAUCCAUUCAGCAUGCAAAUGAUUGCCACACCACACAAUAAAAAAAAGUAAAAACGCUAA